AUGCUGUCUUCAAGCCCUACUUCCUGCAUGUCUCCCAACCCUGACAGGGAGAACCCAAGUAAGAAGGUCCACUGGACUUCUGGGAGGAUGAGGACGUCAUCCAUAGACUCAGAGUCAAAGCCCCACUCCGACCCCUCCAAAGUAGCCAGGUCCCGGAGACCCAGCCGGCUGACGGUGAAGUACGACCGGGGACAGCUGCAGCGCUGGCUGGACAUGGAGCAGUGGGUGGAUGCGCAGGUUCAGGAGCUCUUCCAGGAUCAACCAACUCCUUCUGAGCUUGAGAUUGACCUGGAGGUUCUCAUGGAACUAUCCACAGAGGAACAGAAGACUCAUUUGGAGGCUAUUCUCCAAAACUGCCCCCGUCCCACAGAGCCUUUUAUCUCUGAGCUGCUCAGUCAACUCAAGAAACUCCGGAGACUCAGUCGGCCUCAGAAAUAA